CCCACAUCUGUCCACUUCUCUGCACAGGAAAAGCAGUACCACUUAACCCGCGGUUCUACGUACCAUCAUGACUAUACGACAAUAUCGCUCUCCCUUUACACUGGAGUUUGACUCCCUAGUACAGAGGCAGUUAGAGAAGUGGAAGGUGCCCGGCAUUACAAUCUCUGUGGUUCACGGCUCGAGCACUUAUGCGAAAACACCCUCGCCGCUUAGAUGGGAUACGCCAAUAGCAUCCUUGAUUCGAGAUGACUUUGUUUUAGCCGACGACUAUGCCACAAUGAAUACUACACUAGAAGAUGCUCUGUCGCAUCGGUCUGGCUUGCCAGGCCAUGUAUUUGCGAUGACAGGCGCACAUCCAGACGAAACGUUGCGCGAAGCGGUCCGGAAACUCAGACACCUUCCGCUAGCAUAUCCACCCCGAACGACGUUCGACUAUUGCAACCAUAUGUUUAUGGUAGUGUCUCAUGUUUUGGAGCAGAUCACAGGCGAGUCGCUGGGCGAGUUUCUACGAGAGCGUAUCUGGAGCCCACUCAACAUGAAAGAUACGUACUUUUCUGUCCAGGAUGUCAAAAAAUGUCCAUUAACUAGUCGAAAGUUGGUCCAAGGUUACACGUGGGUUCCAGAAAAGGGCUGCUAUGUGGCCGAGCCACAUAUGAAUUAUGCACCCACGACUGGAGCAGGAGCCAUGGUCAGCAACGUUCUCGAUUAUGCAGAAUGGUUGCGAGCCAUGAUAUACAAAAAAGCACCAAUAUCGCCAGAAGGACAUGCAUCCCUCAUUUAUCCCCGGACCAUAGUCACCAGAGACGAUAAGGAUACUGUAUAUCCACCUGCACCAUUCCACUUGUACGCUCUAGGCUGGUUUGUGGACACUUAUCGGGGUCAAAGUCUAUACUGGCAUAGUGGGAGCUGGGCUGGAUUUGGGAUAAUGGUGGGCUUCAUAGCUGAGAAGCAGUUUGGGUUUGCGAUAAUGGGGAAUACUCAAAGGGCUAGGAACGCGCAGCUGGAGUUAUACCUAUACCUCAUCGAUACGUUACUGGGAGUAUCGGGCAGUGAGCGGGCAGAAGAGCAUCUACGAGACGAAGACACGAUUAUUCCCUUCUCUGUCUGCCAAGUUACUUCCUCACUCCCUCCCAUUGCAUGCGUAUGCUGGAAUCUACAGCCAUCCAGGUUAUGGCAUCAUUCCAUUGAGGCUCAAAGAUGGACACCUAAAGGCGGACCUAAGCGAUCGAGUGGAAGCGAUGACCAUCCAUUUGGAACAUACAGCCGGGGAAUUUUUCGUGGCGAGAAUGUGUACAGCCACUAUGUCUGAGUGUCUCCGGGCUGAAUUCUAUCUCGACUCAGCUGGGGCGGCACGGAACCUUGGGAUAGAGUUAGAGCCAGCAUUAGGGGGGCAGAAAAUUUGGUUUGGCCGCUGUGGAUAAUUAGUGAUGUCUCCAUUACGAAUUUACGAGUCUGAUACGGUGAUACCUCUCUACCUGUGGGAAUCAGAUCGAGAUUAUAUUGGUGGCGUCAAGAGUGGGGAGCUGAUCACAGCGCUGGCGCCAGACAUCUAACCGAGAGCCUGGGUGAUCGGCAAGCACUCCCCAAUAGGUUGUCUUAUCCUGCCUAGCAGUGCCUAGAUUUAGACGAGUAGUGGGACCGUAUGCCUGGAGAGCGGUACCGAUUCUGCCGCCAAGGGGGUAAACUCAAGUUGUUUUGGAAAUUUGAUUUAAAGAAGCUUUGAGCUGCUGGUGGAGAUGGAUGUGUUAAGAUAAUUUUUUCCUUUCUCCCUUUCUUAAUUUCAGGUGCUGCAAACCUGUGGUCAAAUUGAAUAUUAUAUCUUUCAUAUAUCUUUGAUA